UGCUUUAAGAGCUCUAUGUGCUGAUAUUGCCCCUUGCUUUAACUUAAUUUCCAUUUUCAAUGUCAACAAAUACAAUAAAUAUUUUAUUGUCAAUAUGUACAAAGUGCUAAACAUUAUGUUACUGUCCCAUUAAAUGAUAAUGCAUGGCAGAUCAUCCAGGAGAUUUUUUGCCUCAGUCUAGACCAUCUAAAUGGCAGAGAGGCAGAUGAACAGGCGGAGAGAGGGAGGAGCCAGCCUCUUAAGCACUUUCCUCACUGACUGAACCAUAGAGAGAGUGAGAUAUGCAGGGAGGAGAGAGGGAGCUGGUGAACAAGAGAGCAGAGCCAGAGUAGUAAAGCAAGCCUGACGCACGGAGAGUGUACAGCAAGGAGGAGAGCAGAGAGAAAAAGAGAGACACUCAGCAGUGAAGACUGAAGGUGAAUUGAGAGUUAAGACAGAUAGAAAGAAAGGAGAGAGAAACAAGAAGACUCGGAAGAAGAGGUGCUGAGAGAGAAGGCUACAGUGUCUCAACUCACCACACUCUUUCUAUCCCCACUGGUAAUUCUGGCUCAUCGUCAGCAUCUCACAAGAAUACGUGUGUAUACUCUAUCUGCAACAAUGAUUUCCUGGCUGCUGCUUCUUCUUCUCUGCUGUUUUGCCAGCACCGGGAGCUCUGCUGUGUUCACUCAACAACCUACAGACUUGGUGGUAGUGGCUGGCCAGCCAGUCACCCUGCCCUGCUCCAUCCCAGGCUACCAUGGCAUGGUGCUCUGGCUGCGUGAUGGCAUGGCUCUGGGUGUUAACAGGGAUCUGUCAGGUUACCCACGAUAUGACAUUGUUGGAGACCACAGUAAAGGAGAAUAUCAUCUGUUGAUCCAGAGAACAAAGAUACAAGAUGACGCUUUCUUUGAGUGCCAGGCCAUUCAGGCAGCUAUCAGAUCACGACCUGCCCGUCUCACUGUGCUGGUUCCUCCUGAUGACCCAGUGAUAGUGGGGGCCCCGGUGGUGGGUUUACGAGCCGGUGACCACCUCAAUCUCACAUGCCAUGCAGACAAUGCCAAACCUGCUGCAUCUAUCAUCUGGAUCCGCAACGGUGUAGUCCUGAGUGGAGCCAUAUACUCGAAGACCUUGUUGCGGGAUGGUAAGAGGGAAAGCACAGUCAGUAUGCUCUACUUAUCACCCUCCAACAUUGAGUCAGGUCAGCAGAUCACCUGUCGAGCCUCAAACAAGGCAGCCCCCAACGGAAAAGAUGCGACUGUCACAAUCGACAUUCAGCACCUGCCCAUUGUCAACCUCACUGUGGAGCCGCAGCCCGUUCUGGAGGGAAACCUGGUCAGAUUCCACUGCGCUGCCAAAGCCAACCCACCUGUCAUCAACUACAGAUGGGCCAAAGGAGGCAAUGUGAUUCCAGACAUGUCAGGUGACGCCUAUGAGGUUCUUGUGGAUCACUCUUUUUUCACUGAGCCUGUUUCCUGUGAGGUCACCAAUGCACUGGGCAACACCAACAUCAGCAGGAACGCGGAUGUCUACUUUGGGCCGAGGAUGGCAGCAGAGCCUCAGUCUCUGCAGGUGGACCUGGGAUCUGAAGCUGUUUUCAAUUGUGCUUGGACAGGAAACCCCUCUCUAACCAUUGUGUGGAUGAAACGUGGCUCAGGAGUGGUGCUUAGCAACAAGAACACCCUGACACUGAAAGCAGUAAAGCAGGAGGAUGCUGGGAAGUAUGUGUGUCGGGCUGUAGUCCCCAGAGUGGGCGCUGGGGAGAAGGAGGUGUCGCUCACUGUGAAUGGUCCUCCCACUAUCUCUAGCACCCAGACUCAGCAGGCACUCCACGGAGAGAAGGGUCAGAUCAAGUGCUUCAUCCGCAGCACCCCUCCACCCGACCGCAUCGCCUGGUCAUGGAAGGAGACCGUUUUAGAGUCGGGGACAUCUGGACGGUACACUGUGGAGACGGUCAGCACAGAGGAGGGGGUGAUCUCCACACUAACCAUGAGUAACAUCGUCCCUGCUGAUUUCCAGACUAUCUACAACUGCACAGCGUGGAAUAGCUUUGGCUCUGAUACUGAGAUCAUACGUCUCAAAGAACAAGAGACUCUGCGACUGGCUGUCAUCAUCGGUGUGGCUGUGGGUUCCUUCCUUGCCCUCUCCAUCCUCCUGGGGACACUAGGUGCUUUCUGCUGCACCAGAUUCCAGAGAAAGGACGUCCAUCUGGUCAUAUCAUCUCUGCCUGUGUCCCUUUCACGCCAGAGAGAUGUGAAAACAGAGAAUCUCAAAGGAGUGGUUUCAGCAAAAAAUGACAUUCAAGUGGAGAUUGUCCACAAGGAUCACAAUGCAGCACGGGAGAAUGAGGAGCAUACGAGAAUCAAACAGAUGAUGAUUGACCAUAGUGAGUUCCAGCAGGAGCCUGUGCUGAAGCAGCUAGAGGUGCUCCAGGAGGAGGAGAAGGAGUUCCAGCACAUCAAGUUGAAUUUGGAAUACCGGUUGAAGAGAAGACACUUUUGGAUCUGCAAGCGUGUAUUCAUCCUGGCUAUAUGUGAGGAAAUAAGAGUUAAAUAUCCUGAUGUUGUCAUCUCAACAAAAAGAUCAGACCCCACAAAUGGCUACUACAGUGUCAGCACCUUCAACGAGCACCAUGUCAGCCCCGCCAUGUCCCCGGCCCCCAGCCAGACUCCUGACAUAGUACAAAGCCCACCCGCUGGAACUAUGACCAUCGGCAAGCAGCGGGUGCCCACUGGCAUGUCCUUCACCAACAUCUACAACACCGUGGGUGCCGGUCCCAACCGCCUGUAUGACUACAGCCAGCGCUUUGUCCUGGGUAUGGGCAACAGCUCCAUUGAACUAUGUGAACGGGAGUUUCAGCGGAGCUCACUCAGUGACUCUAGCUCUUUCAUUGACACACAGUGUGACAGCAGCGUCAGCAGCUACAGCAAACAGGACGGCUACGUGCAGUUCGACAAGGACAGCAAAACCUCGGCCUCAUCCUCCUCCUACUACUCACAGUCCUCCUCCCAGAACUCAGAACUUGCCAGGCCUCUGCAGAAACGCAUGCAGACCCAUGUCUAACAGCUCGUGGGACCUUGUCUGGGAUAAUGAAGAUGGAGGGGAUGUUCCAAGGAGUCAUCUUACCUACACAAAUGAGAUGCUUUUUCAGUGCUUAUUUGGUAUUCUAGCAGAAGGACAAAAACAUGGUUUGUAGUCACCAACUUUUGAAGCUAAACCUUGAUGGAGCAGCACUUCUUAAUUAUGAGCUAACUUAAAAAAAAAAAUUGAUGACAAUCAUUUGUUUGCUUUCUCCACUCAUAAAUUGCCAACAAAUGCAGUGGUUUGCUGCUGUCCCCAAUUUUCUUCCACUUUACAGACUGCCUUGACACAUGCACCUAGGUGCAGACUGAUGGUUAGUUACGGUGAGAAUAUCAGACCAAAAAAAUAAGAGAAAAAAUUACAAGCAUUUUUUUACUAAUGAGAAAACUCUGGAUGUUUUUUUCUGGUGAGCACCUCAGAGGAAAAAACUGACGUGAGCUGUUAUAGCAGCAAGCUCUGGUAGGUGUCACUCAUUUCCUGAACAUCAGUUACCACAACAUCUUGGCAACUUUUAAUGUUAACUACAUUAGAAAUGGGGUCUCUUUUGUAUAAUGUGCUGUAUGUUGUUUUGGCUCUUAAAUGGCUAUUAUUUUUCAGACAUUGUGAGAAUUUUUUUGACCUUUCCUUUGUGUAUGCUUUGCGAAGGAUCAUUCUUCAUGAACUGAUCACAGAAUGCACGGAGAGGUGGACAUGUCAUCUUGCGCAAUACACACACAAAGGCGACCUUCCGAUGCCUUCGUUCAGUUACCUUCUGCUUUAGAAAGGCAUUAUUUUCCACUAUUUUUCUCUCCUGAAAGGAUCUUAUGAUGUUUACAAGUGUAGCGCAAGGGUACUGAGAUAUGUACUUUCCCAUUUAAUGUGAGACACUUGCAGCUUGUGUGUGUACUGUAACUCUAAGAAGCACUUUCUAGCUGCCAGAGUAGGUUCCUCAUUUCCAUAUUUGGCUGUUACACUACAGCUCUGUAAUAUCCAGCAUUUGGUGUACUGUGAUUUGACUACUGAAUGGCAAGGGGUGAGGAUAAAGUGAGAUUAUUUCUGUCUGGCAUUUCUGAUCUUUUGGGGACUUCGAUGCCCACUGUUUUAAGUGAGCCAGGAUGGUAGAUCUAGAUACAAAAUGCUAUCAUUAGUUUGAAGCCUGACAAUUAAAACAGCUUCACUCAAGAACAAUGGCUAUAAAAAGAUGAGCAAACACAUAUACUACCACAAUUAUCAGUUUGAGUACUUCUAUGAGGAAAUGAAGAUAAGCCUAUCUGAAAUGAUCAAGGCUGCCACACAAUAAAAUCAUGCUGCAACAAGUGGAUCCAAAGGGCAGUCAGCCAAUACAAAUGACAGACAACACUAGCAUGACACCACUGAAGAAAACCAAAUAAGGUUAAAGAUUGUCAGGAAGGGAUUUGAAUGGAGUGAAGAAAGCACAAAGUGGUACAUGACAUAGCUACCCAUGUUCUACAAAUGAAUAUAACUGAUUAGCAUGGGUUGAUGUACUGUCAUAACUAAGCAAGUACAGAUGUAUUAGGCUCACUCUUACUGUGUAAAAAAAAUAAUGGCAUCACUGUCAUGUUUGGAAAUCCUACCUUACAUUUGGGAUUUCUGUUGUGAACAUAUAUUACUGUACUUAAAGAAAGAUUUUUUGCCAACAUUGUGUUUUGAUUAAAGAA